UGCGCAAAAGGGGGCGGGGUCUAAGCGGCGCAUGGCCGCGUGCGCUCGCUCACCUCCAUGUUUGCCAGGCGAUCUUUGAACCUCCCCCCCAGGGAAGGAACAUUGUCCUCCGCCGUGCUCCUCCGCGAGAGUGGGGGGAGGUCGACCAUGAAGUCGGACCGCAGUUAAAAGACGCCGGCCGAACUUGGCUCCUCUCCACUACUGGACGGCACCGAGCGAGAGAGAGAGAGAUGGCCCCUCGUCUCCUCCUCUGGGGGAUCCUGCUCCUGCUCCUGGUCCUGCUCCUCGCUGCGGGCGCGCUGGGCGGACAAGAGUUCCUGGAGAACAUCGUGCGCUUCUACGGACGCAACGAGUCCAUCUCCAGCCGCGACCUGGAGGACUUGCUGCUCGUCAUCUCGGCCCGGAGAGCGGAGUCCGUCACGGAGGACAGCAACCCGUUGGCCGGACAGGAGUGCUUCUCAGCCAAGCAGAUCUUGUCCCACUUUGGCCUCCCAAAUGUCAGCCAGCUGGGUGUGGACCACCUGGAGAGGAUCUGUCCUGCCGUGUUGACCCAGGUGCUGCUGCCCUCCUGCCCUUACACCACCUCCCUGCCUCCACCACAGCUCCACUACUCCGUGUGGGGGUGGGGCUUCCUGGCGGUGACGGUCAUCAACUUGGCGGCGCUGCUGGGCCUGCUACUGAUCCCCUUCACCAAGAAGUCCUACUUCCCCAAAGUCCUGACCUACUUCAUCGGCCUGGCCAUCGGAACGCUCUUCUCCAACGCCGUGCUGCAGCUCAUUCCCGAGGCCCUUGGGUUUGAUCCCAAGAAGGACGACUACGUGGCCAACGCCAUCGGCAUCUUUGGAGGCUUCUAUCUGCUCUUCUUGGUGGAGAGGAUCUUGAGGUUGCUUCUGCGAGUGGAACAUGAGCACGGCCCCUCCCACCUCUCCCCCGCCGGCCCCCCCCUGCAGAACGGCGAGGUGUCGGAGAAGAAGGACUCCAAGACGGCGCUGAGCAUCUCGGGCAGCAUCAGCAGCGUCAACUCGGACCGCACGCGUGCAGACAUGAUCCCCGCCGAGGAUGUGCAGGCGUCCAGCGUGAUGUGUCGCUGUCUGCGUGGUCAGCGCAUCAGCAACAUCAAGACGGUGGCGUGGAUGAUCACCCUGAGCGACGCGCUGCACAACUUCAUCGACGGCCUGGCGAUCGGCGCCUCUUUCACCGUGUCCAUACUGGCCGGCUUCAGCACGUCCACCGCCAUCGUGUGCGAGGAGUUCCCCCACGAGCUGGGUGACUUUGUGAUCCUCCUCAACUCGGGCAUGAGCGUCCCUCAGGCCAUCUUCUUCAACCUGCUGUCGGCCAUGGCGUGCUACGUGGGCCUGGUGUUCGGCAUCCUGCUCGGCAGCAACUACGCCCCCAACGCCAUCUUCGCCGUGGCGGGGGGCAUGUUCCUCUACAUCGCCCUGGCAGACAUGUUCCCGGAGAUGGACGCCAUUUCUAGGGAGGCCACGCGGACUUCCUCCAGGCUGGUCUUCUUCCUGAUCCAGAACGCCGGGCUGCUGACGGGCUUCGCCAUCAUCCUGCUCAUCACCACGUUUGCAGGGCAGAUCAACCUGGGCUGAAGAAAAGAACACAACCAAGCCUUUUAGACCGGACUAUCCAUACAAUCCUUUCAUUCAUCAAAUCCAGCUUGAUUUGUCUUAAAGAGACAGUACACUCUUUUGUUCCCUCUCUGGGUGCUGUACUGUCACCACCUGGCUCACAUUUUCACUUUUUAUGCAGUUUUGUAUUUGUCUGUAUAUGUGUGUAUCAUUUACAGAAUCACAUCCUUUAUUUUAUUUGAAAUGGAAGAAAUUGCAGUUUAGAUGUUUUAAUUGUACGUUUACACCAGACUUUUGUUGCGUUUGUUGCUCAGGGUUUAUUCAGAGCUUCUGUUUGAGACUUCAAAUAUAAAUGUCUAUGAGUAGACUUUGUCAACAACUGGGACCUUUUUGGCCUCCUGGCUUUUUAAUGCUUUGUUUUGUUUUUUUGUUAAAUCAUGUAAAUACUGUAUGAACGUUGUGAUUCAUAGACCGGAGCACUGUGUUGAAAUAUAUCCCAGCUCUUUAAA